AUGGCCCCAUCCGCCGUGGAGUCCGUCCAGCAGACGGUAGAAGAUAUCAAACAGAAAGUUCUCCCUACCCAGGAGAAGCAGGCCACAUCGGGCGGCGAAGUGAAGCCUAUCCAAAACACGAGCAGACAUGAAGACGUCCUAGCUGAAAGGCUCGAGGGACACAAGGAGCCGCUCAAGCUGAGCGGAGCCUUGGACCACUUGGAGCACUUUGACGUGACUCCUGUCAUCGGCAGAGAGUACGUCGACGUCGACCUUGUGGAGCUUCUACGGGCCCCUAAUUCGGACGAGCUGCUCCGGGAUCUUGCCAUCACCAUCUCCCAACGCGGUGUCGUCUUCUUCCGCUCCCAGGACAACCUCACGGAUGACCUGCAAAAGGAACUGGUCGACCGGCUCGGCAAGCUCUCCGGCAAGCCCGAGACAUCAGGCCUGCACAUCCACCCCGUCAGCAACGCGGCCCGCGAGCACGGCGGCAACGACAACGAGAUCAGCGUCAUUUCGUCCGAGCAGACCAAGAAGCUCUACGCCGACCGCCUGCAGGGCGCCUUCACCGGCGGCCGGCACCGCCAGAGCGGCAAGAACCAGUGGCACUCCGACAUCACCUUUGAGCCCAUCCCCAGCGACUACGCCCUGCUGCGGCUGACGCAGCUGCCCAAGACCGGCGGAGACACGCUCUGGGCCUCAGGCUACGAGCUCUACGACCGCAUCUCCCCGACCCUCCGGCACUUCCUCGACACGCUGACGGCCACCUACGCGCAACCCCUGUUCAACGAAGCCGCGCGCCGCAACAACUUCACGCUGUACUCGGGCGCGCGCGGCGCCCCCGAAAACACGGGCGACACGCUGGACGCGGUGCACCCCGUGGUGCGCACCAACCCGGUGACGGGGUGGCGGUCGGUGUUCGCGGUGGGCCACCAUGUGCAGCGGAUCCAUGGGCUGUCCGACGAGGAGAGCAAGCACUUUCUGGAGUGGUUUGUCAGGUUGGUGGUGGAGAAUCAUGAUUUGCAGGUGCGGUUGCGGUGGAAGGCGGUGAAUGAUGUGGCGAUUUGGGAUAAUCGGAGUGUGUACCAUGCGGCGACGCCGGAUUAUAUCUUUGAGGAGGGUUUGGGGGAGAGGAAGGGGAGCAGGGCGGUGAGUUUGGGGGAGAGGCCGUAUUUUGAUCCGGCGAGUACGAGUCGGAGGGAGGCGUUGGGGACGGUGGUCGCUUGA